AUGGAGCAGCCGCCGCCCGCCUCGUUGGCGCCGGCGCCGGCGCCGCAGUCGCUGGUGUCCCGCGCGCGCACCGCGAUCCACUCCGCCGCCGCCCGCGUGCUCACCGACAUCAAAGCUGACCUCCGAGAUGCCGACGGAUUCGGCGGGCGUAGCAGGGCGCCGUCGCCGAGGACGUCCCUGGAUCGGGAGGCCGAAGUGAGCGCCACGGGGCGGGAGCCGGACAUGAAGCCGCCGUCGCCGCGUGAUGAGGUACUAGAAAUAAGCCCCUCGGGGAAUGAGGAUUGCUCAAGCAUACCAACUGAGUCAACUUGUUCAACAAAGCUGACCUUUCCUCCAGGUUCAAUAGUUAAACAACUGGUGUCUGCCAUUGAAAAUGGGAAAAGUUUCAAGUCAAUGAGUGAUAUGAGGCAUACUGGAGACCAAUUGCUGAAAGAUAAGGGAGGUUUGAGCUUGUCUGUUGUUAAGUCACUUGUUCGACGUGACAAGGAAGAAAGAUCGAGCUCUGAAUUUUUUGGUGAUGAAGAAACUCAAUCUUUGAUGUACUCCUUGUUCAAAUUAGAGGAACAGUUUUCACUCGAAGGAAGUCAAUGUUUCCCUGAAUUGGUUCAUUCAAGAUCUGUGUCCAAGGAUCUACAUGGUGCACCACCUGGAAGUUUUAUUCAUCAUUUAGCAGUAGUUAUUGGCAGCAUUAGUUCUGUGCACAAGGUGGCAUUUUUUUGGCAAUCAGUUGUUCUUGAGUUGAGGAAACUAUGGUCCGAUUGGCAAUCUGUGCCUCGAAUGCCACUUGAGGCUGCUCCAGACUUGAAUUCUUGUUUACUACAUCAGGAGAUCCAAGUUGUAAAUUGUUGCAUUGCCAGGAAAAAGCGAAGGAAAGCAGCUAAGGAGUCACUGGAUUCCUUGCUAAAGCAGGCAAGUAUUGAUAAAUCAGAACCCAGGUUGUCAAAAGGGAAGUCUCCUGACAGCGAGAUGUAUGCAAGAGAUAGUACUGGUGAUUAUGUCCUUCGACUUGGUGCUGAUCGGUCAUCUGAGAACUUAACAUUACUGGAAACUGGUGAGCCUAUCUAUUCCCCGACACUGCAGGAAGGCCCCAUCAUGACAGCAGAGCUUAUAAAAGAAACAGAGGAGCUAGUGUUACGGACAGGAAGUCUGGGUGCUGGAUGCUCUCAACUUCUAUCAGAUAUGCAGGCUUUCAAGGCAACAAAUCCUGGUUGUGUCCUGGAGGACUUCGUUAGAUGGCACUCUCCUCCUGAUUGGUCUGAGGAUUGUGUUGCAAACAGUACCACAGUCGGGGAAGGCUCAUCUAGACGUGGGCGGUUAAGUGAUAGAAUGCAAACAAAAGAAGGUAACUUGUGGAAGGAACUCUGGGAGGCUGCAAAACCAAUACCUGCAGUUGAACAGACUCCUAUAUAUGAUGAAGAUUUAGCCGUGGAGAGCAUCUUUGAUGCGUUGGAAGUUAUUGAACCAUCAAAAUUGUUUGAGCAGCUACUUGGCGUCAUUCUUUCUGUAUGCUUUGUGGCAGCAGAAUUGGUUCUAGCCGCAGAUAGCAACCUGUCAAAAUUAUUCUACGAUUGUAAGGACUACAUAAUUGGCAUCUAUCAUGAUGACAUGUCAAAAGACGAGCUAGAUGAGAUAUGCAAGGUGUACGAGACGAUGGAAGCCAUAGUAACCCACCCUGAAGAAGCUCUCCAGAUCAUGGAGCAACCUGUUGAAAAGUCUGUUGACAAAAAAAACAGCUUCAAGCUGAAGCUCAACUUUAUGGCCAAAGAUCGCCCGCCACUCUGGAAGCGCACAACAAAGGAUGAGAAGAAGAUGUCUCCAAAGGAUGACAAGAAUACAUCAGAGGAAAAGAACACGAAGAUAUUCUCUAACCUUUUUGACAAGAAGGUUAACAUAUUUUCAAAGAAGAAUGUGAAAUUAUCGGAGGUGCCACCAGCGCCCACUUCAUCUUCUCCUGGGCCAUUUGAGGAGAGCGAGUGGAUGAUUUUGUAG